UAGGUACAUAAGAGGGUAAAAGUAGUAGGGCUCAAAACUGAUAAGCGCCAAUUCCGUUGGCACAACUGUGCUAGAUGGGGGCCACAUCUGAGCUGGUAGUCCUAGGCCUCUAGGCUUUUAUUCUUGGAUAAACCCUUCAGGCCAGGAAUACUUACUACCUUAUAUAGCGAUCUCUCUAGAGCAAUAUGGCCACCUCAUCUGAGACUCACAUCCUCAUCAAACAUGAACACUCUACAUUCCUCUAAUGUCCUCACGAAGCACUCUCUGUUGUUCUAAGCCUACACCUCCGCCAGAAAUGAUCGAUGGGGGUACACAACGCAACAAUCAGAAAGAAGCGGCGCAUUAGAAGGCGAUACGCAAUCGCCAUCACAAUGAAGCCGUUUCUAGAACACCAGCAAUCCGGCGCUAUUUCAAGGUUCUUCCCAGAUUCAUGCGAAUCGGAAGGCGACGAUAUGUAUCUGUUCGAUACGCCGCUUCAGCAGCCUCCGACCUUGGACCCCGACCACGAAUUCGUGAAAAUUAGGGAAUCUACUACAACCUUUGCCCUGAAGACGUUUCUAGAAUUUCGAUUAAGCGGGGAUUCCCAGAAUGAGCUGAACGAGGUUAGAAACAGGUUUAGGAUGCGAUGGCGAUCCAAGGACGUGGCCAAGGAUGAUCCAGCGCUCAUCGUCGGCGAAUCUCCUAUUCCCGUCAAACGUCAUUUCCCAUGCCCUUUCUACAUUGACAACCCGUCGAAGCAUCUUGAGUGCCUUACAAGAGCCAAUCUAACAGAGAUAAAGAACGUCAAGCAGCAUCUCUGGAAUGCUCACCGGCUACUACCAUACUGUCCAACGUGUAAUGAAAUCUUUACCACAACAGGAAAUUCGGAUGCCCACAUUCGAAGCCGAUCCUGCAGCCCUCGGGGAGUACCACGACCUGAGGGCAUCAGCCUACAGCAGAUGCAGCAAUUAGCGCGACGCGCAGAAACCUGGAUGUCCGAAGAUCUACAAUGGUUGUCCCUCUGGGAAAUCGUCUUCCCCGGUGCAGAGCUGCCGGAUUUCACUCACCCCUCACGCACCGUAGAAUUCAUGGUCUGCCAAUUCCAGGAUUAUUGGGCAAGCCAGGGAGAAAGGGUCAUAUCUGAUUUUCUCGAAGAAAAGGGCAUUCAAGAUCACAAGCUACUAUACGGGGAGCGUAACUUGGUGGCGUUACGUGCUAUCGUUCUUGACCAAGUCGUUGAUCGCUUAGUCGAAAGUUUCGAACACGAUGACGAUAGCACAAUCACUACAAAGACUGAACAAGUUUUAGCUUCGUUGCGCCAUUCAUAAUGAAAUAGAACUAUCAUGUAUGAUUAUUGAUGAUUGAGAAUAGACUAGAAUAAGGCGUCAUGGUGUGUUUUGUCAUAGAUUAGGUAGGCGUUUCAUCAACGCAAUUCAUUGUUCGGUAACCAUACAGUUUUUUUUCAAGGCCAUCCAAACCUUCAGCUUUUUAACAAGAUAGAAACAAAUAUAACUCUCUUCCGGAGCAAUUCUCAGAAUAUUUAAGAUUGAAUUAUUUUGGUAUAAGAAAAGAGUAUCACUUU